CCUCUUCCCAAUCCGCAACAACUCCACAAACCCAAGAAACGAUUCCAUCGAGGACGAAACAGAGCUCCACCGUAUAAAACAGAAAGCGAACAACGUAGCCCAAGCGACGUGUCUCGGGCAAAUGGCUGUUUCGUUGAGGCCGUCUUCCCUCCCUUUCCCUCUCUCUCUCUCCCCAAGAACCGCAAGAAUGGCUUCCGCCGCCCUCCGCAGCAGCAACCGCAAGUCGGCUUCUUUCGCUCCUCCGAGCUCGCCCCGCGCCGAACGGGGGCGACCCAUCUUGCUCUUCGACGUCAUGGACACAAUCGUGCGCGACCCUUUUUACCAGGACGUCCCUGCCUUCUUCGGAAUGCCUUUGAAGGAGCUGAUAGAAUGCAAGAACCCAACUGCGUGGAUUGAGUUCGAAGAGGGAUUAAUCGACGAGAUGGAACUGGCCAGAAAAUUCUUCAAAGAUGGAAGGCCUUUUGAUUUGGAAGGCCUUAAAACAUGCAUGAGAAAGGGAUAUUCCUAUCUUGAAGGGAUCGAGGAACUUCUUCAGGAAUUAAAAGAAAAUGGCUAUGAGAUGCAUGCUUUCACGAACUACCCUAUCUGGUACGAAAUGAUUGAGGAGAAGUUGAAAAUAUCGAGAUACUUAUCCUGGACAUUUUGUUCAUGCAUAAAUGGAAAAAGGAAGCCUGAUCGUGAUUUCUAUUUGGAUGCUCUGCGACACCUGAAAGUUGAUCCACCUAGCUGUGUCUUCAUUGAUGACAGGCUAAGGAAUGUGGAGGCUGCAUUGGAAGUUGGCAUUGUUGGUAUACAGUUUAAGAGUGCAGAUCUGUUGCGCCAUGAUCUCUCUGAAAUUGGGAUUCAUUUUUCAGCAAAUAAGCAUUCUAGUAGUCAGAACGAGCUUAAGCUUACAAAAGACCAGGCAUCUUGAUCAAACAUACUUGGUGAAGUCGCAUCAAGAACCGAUUCUUGUUUAUUCUUUGUAUAAAGUAUUCUUUGCAACCUUUUCUUUCGGCCAAACAAAAUUGUGUAGUGAUGUUGGCUUCAAGGUACUGGAAUGCAUUAUAAAGUUUCUCCUCAA